GAGGCGGAGCCAGCAUGGCGGGGGCCCUGCUGCCCCUGCUCCUGCGGCUGGGGAGCCUGGCGCUGGCCCUGGGUGCGGGAGGUGGGGCCGUCCCCAGGGAGGCCCCCCAGCCUGCUGACACCCACACCCACCAGCAGCAGGCGCCUGCCCACUCCUCAGCCCCUGCUGGCGGCCCCCAGGAGCAGGGCCGCCCCCUGCGAGAGAGGCUUGGGCGGCUGGAGGCUGCAGUGAUGGAGCUCAGACAGCAGAAUGAGGACCUGAAGGCGAGGGUGCAGCGGCUGGAGGCUUGCGAGUGCCACCCGGUGCCUCCCCAGUGCUGGGGGCUGGGGCGCGCCUGGCCUGAGGGUGCCCGCUGGGAGCCUGACGCCUGCACGGCCUGCACCUGCCAGGAUGGGGCCGUGCACUGUGGCCCCCAGACCCACCUGCCCCACUGCCAUGGCUGCAGCCAUAAUGGUCAGAGCUAUGGCAAUGGGGAGACCUUCUCCCCAGAUGCCUGCACCACCUGCCGCUGCCUGCAGGGAGCCAUAGCCUGCACCCAGAAGCCAUGCCCAGGAGGACCCUGCCCUGAGCCCGGAGCAUGCUGCCCACACUGCGAACCAGGCUGCCCUGGAGGCCACAGGGCUGGAGAAACAUGGCAUCCAGAGCCCUGUGUCAUCUGCACCUGCCAGGCAGGGACCGUGCGGUGCCAGGGGCCCUCAUGCCCAGAGCUCAACUGCCUGGAGAGCUAUACCCCACCUGGGGAGUGCUGCCCUGUCUGCCGGCCAGGCUGUGAGUAUGAGGGGCAGCUUUAUGAGGAAGGGGCCAACUUCCUGUCCAGCUCCAACCCUUGUCUCCAAUGCUCCUGCCUGAGGAGCCUGGUUCGCUGCGUGCCCAUCAAGUGCCCACCCAGCCGCUGCCCUGAGCCAGUCCUGAGGCCUGGGCACUGCUGCCCAACCUGCCCAGGCUGCACAGAAGGUGGCUCUCACUGGGAGCAUGGCCAAGAAUGGACCGCAUUGGGAGACCCCUGCCAGAUCUGCAGGUGCCUGGAGGGCCACAUCCAGUGCCGCCAGCGGGAAUGCACCAGCCUGUGCCCGUACCCUGCCCGGCCCCUCCCGGGCACCUGCUGCCCCGUGUGUGAUGGCUGCUUCCUGAAUGGGCGAGAGCACCGCAGCGGGGAGCCCGUGGGCUCCGGGGACCCCUGCUCCCAUUGCCGCUGUGCUAACGGGAGUGUCCAGUGUGAGCCUCUGCCCUGCCCGCCCGUGCCCUGCAGACACCCAGGCAGGAUCCCUGGGCAGUGCUGCCCGGUCUGUGACGGCUGUGAGUACCAGGGACACCAGUACCAGAGCCGGGAGACCUUCAGACUGCAAGAGAGUGGCCGCUGCGUCCGCUGCUCCUGCCAGGCUGGCGAGGUCUCCUGUGAGGAGCAGGAGUGCCCGGUUGCCCCCUGUGCCCCGCCUGCCUCCGGCCCCCAGCUCUGCCCAGCCUGCGUGCUGGAUGGAGAGGAGUUUGCCGAGGGCGUCCAGUGGGAGCCUGAUGGCCAGCCCUGCACUACCUGCUCCUGUCAAGAUGGGGAGCCUGUGUGCGGAGCUGUGCCCUGCCCCCCAGCCCCCUGCCAGAACCCCACCCAGCACCCUGGUGCCUGCUGCCCCAGCUGUGAGAGCUGCACCUACCACGGCCAAGUGUAUGCCAAUGGGCAGAACUUCACUGACGCAGACAGCCCUUGCCACACCUGCCGCUGCGAGGAUGGGACUGUGAGGUGCUCCUUGGUCGACUGCCCUCCCACAACCUGUGCCAGGCCCCAGAGUGGACCCGGCCAGUGCUGCCCCAGGUGCCCAGACUGCAUCCUGGGGAAACAGGCGUUUGUGGACAGCGAGAGGUUCUCUCACCCCGGAGACCCCUGCCAGGAGUGCCAGUGCCAGGAAGGCCAUGCCCACUGCCAGCCUCGCGCCUGCCCUAGACCCCCCUGUGCCCACCCGCUGCCUGGGACCUGCUGCCAGAACGACUGCAGUGGCUGUGCCUUCGGAGGGAAAGAGUACCCCAACGGAGCGGACUUUCCCCACCCCACUGACCCCUGCCGUCAGUGUCGCUGUCUGAGCGGCAACGUGCAGUGCCUGGCCCGCCGCUGCCCGCCGCUGUCCUGUCGCGAGCCGGUCCUGCCGCCGGGGGAGUGCUGCCGGCAGUGCCCGGCCGCCCCUGCCGCCAGCUGCCCGCAGCCGGGCGGCGCAGUGCCCGCGCGCCACCUGGAGCACUUCUCCCCGCCCGGCGACCCCUGCCGCCGCUGCCUCUGCCUCGACGGCGCCGUGUCCUGCCAGCGGCUGCCCUGCCCGCCCGCGCCCUGCGCCCACCCGCGCCAGGGGCCCUGCUGCCCCUCCUGCGACGGCUGCCUGUACCAGGGGAAGGAGUUCGCCAGCGGGGAGCGCUUCCCAUCGCCCGCCGCGCCGUGCCACGUCUGCCUGUGCUGGGCGGGCGGCGUGAGCUGCGAGCGCAGGGCUUGUGCCCCCGCGCAGUGCCCCUUCCCCGCCAGGGGCGACUGCUGCCCAGCCUGCGACGGCUGUGAGUACCUGGGUGAGUCCUACCUGAGCAGCCAGGAGUUCCUGGACCCUCAAGAACCCUGCAAACUGUGUACCUGCCUUGGAGGCUUUGUGACCUGCAGCCGCCGGCCCUGUGAGCCUCUGGGCUGCAGCCACCCCGUCACCCCGUCUGGGCACUGCUGCCCCACCUGCCAGGGAUGCCUGUACCACGGCGUCACCGCUGCCCCCGGAGAGACCCUCCCUGACCCGCUUGACCCUGCCUGCUCCCUCUGCACCUGCCAGGAAGGUUCCAUGCACUGCCAGAAGAAGCCAUGUCCCCCAGCUCUCUGCCCCCACCCCUCUCCAGGCCCCUGCUUCUGCCCUGUGUGCCACAGCUGCCUCUCUCAGGGCCGGGAGCACCAGGAUGGGGAGGAGUUUGAGGGGCCUGCAGGCAGCUGUGAGCAGUGUCGCUGUCAGGCCGGCCAGGUCAGCUGUGUGCGGCUGCAGUGCCCACCCCUGCCCUGCCCGCUGCAGGUCACAGAGCAGGGCAGCUGCUGCCCUCGCUGCAGAGGCUGUCUGGCUCAUGGGGACGAGCACCCUGAAGGCAGUAGCUGGGUGCCCCCUGACAGCCCCUGCUCUUCCUGCGUAUGUCACCAGGGCGUUGUCACCUGUGCCCGAGUCCAGUGUGUCAGCUCCUGCACCGAGCCCCAGCAGGGGCCUGGUGACUGCUGCCCUCGAUGCUCUGACUGCGAGCACGAGGGGCGGAAGUAUGAACCUGGGGAGAGCUUCCAGCCUGGGGCGGACCCCUGCGAAGUGUGCAUCUGUGAGCUGCACCCCGAGGGGCCUCCCAGCCUUCGCUGUCACCGGCGUCAGUGUCCCAGCCUGGUGGGCUGCCUCCCCAGCCAGCUCCUGCCCCCUGACCCCCAGCACUGCUGCCCCACCUGUGCCCAGGCUCUUAGAAACUGCUCAGAGAGCCUGCUGGGGUCUGAGCUGGCCCCACCAGACCCCUGCUACACAUGUCAGUGCCAGGACCUGACAUGGCUGUGCAUUCACCGGCCCUGUCCUGAGCUCAGCUGUCCCCUGCUGGAGCGCCACACCCCCCCUGGGAGCUGCUGCCCCAUGUGCCGGGCCUCCACCGAGUCGUGCGUACAUCAGGGCAGAGAGGUGGCCUCUGGGGAGCGCUGGGCCGUCGACGCCUGCACCAGCUGUUCCUGCGUGGCGGGCACCGUACGCUGCCAAAGCCAGCGCUGCCGGCAGCUCUCUUGUGGCCCCGACGAGGCCCCUGCCCUGAGUCCCGGCAGCUGCUGCCCCCACUGUCUGCCCCGGCCGGCUACCUGCAUGGCCUUCGGAGACCCGCAUUACCGCACCUUCGACGGGCGCCUCGUGCACUUCCAGGGCAGCUGCAGCUACGUGCUGGCCAAGGACUGCCUCGGCGGGAACUUCAGUGUGCAUGUGACCAAUGAUGACAGAGGUCGAAUCAGCGUGGCCUGGACCCAGGAGGUGGCGGUGCUGCUGGGAGACGUGGUGGUGCGGCUUUUGCAGGGCAGAGUGGUCACGGUGAGCAGAAAUGAGGUGGAUGGGCGCCUGGUGGCCUUGCCCUUCCUGCAGGAGCCACUGCUGUACGUGGAGCUGCGGGGACAAACCGUGAUCCUGCAUGGCCAGCCCGGGCUCCAGGUGCUGUGGGAUGGGCAGUCCCAGGUGGAGGUGAGUGUGCCCGGCUCCUACCGGGGCCAGAUGUGUGGGCUCUGUGGGAACUUCAAUGGCUUCGCCCAGGAUGAUCUGCAGGGCCCUGAGGGGCUGUUCCUGCCCACGGAGGCCGCCUUUGGGAACAGCUGGCAGGUCCCAGAGGGGCCAGGGCCUAGCCGGCCCUGUUCCGCAGGCCAAGAGGUGGAUCCGUGCCGGGCAGCAGGUUACCGUGCCAGGCGUGAGGCCAAUGCCCGGUGUGGGGUGCUGAAGUCCUCCGCGUUCAGUCGCUGCCACGCUGUGGUGCCCCCAGAGCCCUUCUUUGCUGCCUGUGUGUAUGACCUUUGUGCCUGUGGUCCUGGCUCCUCAGCCGACGCCUGCCUCUGUGAUGCCCUCGAAGCCUAUGCCAGUCACUGUCGCCAGGCAGGAGUGACACCUGCCUGGCGGGGGCCCACGCUCUGUGCAGUGGGCUGUCCCUUGGACCGUGGCUUUGUGUUCGAUGAGUGUGGCCCGCCCUGUCCCCGCACCUGCUUCAACCUGCACGUCCCCCUGGGGGAGCUGGCCGCCCACUGCGUGAGGCCCUGCGUUCCCGGCUGCCAGUGCCCUGCAGGCCUGGUGGAGCAUGAGGCCCACUGUAUCCCACCCGAGGCCUGCCCCCCAGUCCUGAUCACUGGGGACCAGCCACUCAGCGCUCUGCCCAGCCCCAGCCGGGAGCCACAGGGGACGCCCUGAGCCAGGACGACACCCACCCAGGACUCAUCAGCCCAGAAGUCUCCCCUUGGUGAGCAGCUCCCACCCUGGUUGGGGCUGCGAAGAGAGUGCCCCGCUGGGCACUGGGCGCCUGGGCCCUUCACACACCCCAGCUGUGUCGAGCCACAAGCAGUAAACUCUGGGCCUGUGGAA